CCAGGCCGGGGAGUUGCGACUGAGCGCGAGAAAAUGGCGGAGGAGGCGGCGACGAGGGGAGUGCGCAUGCGCCCAGCGGCCAGGCCUCUCCUUUCCCCUGCGUGGCCUCCGCCUUUGCCGGGGUUUCCUGCUCGGCGCCCUCGUUUCUCGGCUCCGGGGCGCCCCCUGCUGGCGGAGGCGACUGCAGGGCGAGGGCCUUUCAUGGCUGGCGGCGGGGGACCACGACCAUGACCGAUUACGGGGAGGAGCAGCGGAAUGAACUCGAGGCCCUGGAGUCCAUCUACCCGGACUCCUUCACAGUAUUAUCAGAAAAUCCUCCAAGCUUCACUAUCACUGUGACGUCUGAAGCAGGAGAGAAUGAUGAAAGUGUCCAGACGACCCUAAAAUUCAUUUAUCCAGGGAACUACCCAGAUGAAGCCCCCCUUUAUGAACUGCUUUCUCAAGAGAGUCUUGAGGAUAGGGAUGUUACAGACAUACUGAAAUUAUUGCAGGAGCAGGCAGAAGAGAACCUUGGUAUGGUGAUGAUCUUCACACUAGUAUCGGCGGUGCAAGAGAAAUUAAACGAAAUAGUAGAUCAGAUAAAAACAAGAAGAGAAGAGGAAAAGAAACAGCAGGAGAAAGAAGCAGAGGAGGCAGAAAAGCAAACCUUCCAUGGCACUCCGGUCACCAUUGAAACCUUUUUAAGCUGGAAAGCAAAAUUUGAUGCUGAACUUUUAGAAAUCAAAAGAAAAAAGAUGAAAGAGGAAGAACAGUCUGGGAAAAAUAAACUAACAGGAAAACAGCUGUUUGAAAGAGAUCAUAAUCUUGACACAUCUGACAUUCAGUUUUUAGAAGACGCUGGAAACAGUGUGGAAGUAGAUGAAUCCUUGUUCCAGGAAAUGGACGACUUAGAAUUGGAAGAUGAAGAAGACGACCCAGAUUACAAUCCCGUCCAUCUAGACAGUGAUUAGACUGAAAUUACUGUGCUUCCUAUAUUUGUCACCAGAUUUGAACAUUUGUACAGAGAGAAACCAUGAUAUGCUUGGGUUCCCUUUGAAAAAUAAUGGAAAUGUCUCCUUUGGCAGCUUUCAUCAUCAUAGAUAAUAAAAGGACUUACUAAUUGAAAUAUAAUUUGCUUAUCUCUCUCUAGCCUUCUUAAGGAAAUUAAAUCACAUUGCAAAGUGUAACAUGUUUUGUGAGCAAAUUGUAGAGCUCUAGCCUAAGGUUGCUGCUUUGGGUGCAAAACAAAGCAAACAAACCUCAUAUUUUCUUCAGUCUCCACAAACAGGAAAACCAGUUAUUCUAACAAGAUGCUGAACCCUGAAGUUCUCAGUUUUAAAUUCAAUACAGAGUAUGUAUGGAAGAAAUAUAAAUAUGUGAAGCGAGAUUGAUGAGAUUUAAAGACUGACUUGAAAAACUACAAAGUCGAGUGUGACUUCAGGCCAAGAAUUUAACAAGAUGCCAAUGUCUAUGGUUGUUGCUGCUGAGUGCAAUUUUUGCAAAAGACAUUUUGUUGAAAUCCAGGAACAGUGAAUGGCUGGAGUUUACAGACUUGCCAUGUGCAUCAAUUACAUUUUGGUUGGCAAACAAGCAGAUGUUCCAAGUUGUUUCCGAUCCACAGUGCAGUUCCUUUAUUUUCAUAGAAAAUAAACAGCAAUGUUCAGUUAUUAUAAA